AGCCCCGGGGCCUCCCUCUCUCCCCCCUUCGGCCCCGCCCGUAGCCGAGGUGGGUAGCAACAGUUGCCCCGGUGAGGGAACACGGAGGGCGCCAUAGCCACGGUAGUCGUGGCGACCAGGAAACCCGGCAACAACAACAACAACCGCCCCGAGCGGACCCCCUCCCCCCCCACCGACUAAUCGAUACCCUCCAAAAAUCCGGCACCGCCGCGGCCGAUGACCGGCGGCUCCACCCGACCCCGGCGCGUCGGAUCCUGAAGUGAAGCCGCCUCCGCGGGGCUCCGCCACCGGGCCGCGGGGAGGGACAGUUCAGGAAGCAAAAAAAAAAAAGCCUUAUUUAUUAUCAUUUUCCCCACUGUUGGCAUGGCAACACAGGCGUACGUUACGGAAUUACAGGCAGCUCAGCAACAGUCACAACAGCAACAGGCGCAGCAACAGCCGGCGGCGACGGCGACAACGGCAGCACCAGCAGCAGCCCAGCAACAGUAUGUAGCGGAAUUGCAAAGCCCGCAGCAACAACCAGCCACUCAGAAACAGUAUGUCUCGGAAAUCCAGGCCCCCCAGCCGCAGGCUCAGGCCACGGGCCAACCGACUCCAACACCAGCCCCACAGCAGUAUAUCAUAGUCACGGUGUCCGAAGGUGCCAUGAGGCCCAGUGACUCCGUCUCUGAGUCCAGCCCGGGCUCGACGGCCACACAGUCCGGGGUGCCAACACAGGUGGUGCAGCAAGUCCAGGCCACGCAGCAGAGGCUGUUGGUUCAAGCCAGCGUGCAGGCUAAGCCACCUUCGGUAUCCCCCCUCCAGCUAACAGGUGUGCAAGUGCCGCAGCAGCGGCUGGUGGUGCAGAGUACUUCCCAGGCUAGCAAAGGGAGCCAAGUCUCGGUGACCGUGCACAGUGUUCAGCAGCAGGUCCAUUCUCCACCUGAGCACUCCCCUGUCCAGAGCAACAGCUCCACCGCCAAACCAGGACAAGUGCAGCAGCUUCAGGUGCAUGGAGUCCAGCAAGUGCCCGUCUCGCAAGAGCGCUCGGUCGUGCAGACCACCCCCCAGACCCCGAAAUCGGGCACAGUACAACAGCUGACGGUGCAAGGACUCCAGCAGGUUCACGUCACUCAAGAGAGCGCAGGCAGUGAGUUCCCUGGUCCGGCUAGGAACAGUGAGCAGCAGCAGCAGCAGCCGCAGGCAGUGCAGCAUCCUCUCUCCUUAGAGUGUAGCAGCGGGACGCAUCCGCUGGCCAGCUGCUGUCUAGCCAGCCAAGAGCACAGGCUCCACUAUCUCCACUCGCUAGAAUCCACUUCGGAGCAGUGGGUGGAACUGGUCCGAAUGCUUCCUCAGCACCUCCUCCUCCCGCAGCAAAAGGUGGUGAUUGAGCAGCUGCCGUUCCUCUCCUCUCAUCACGCCAGUCCCGACCAGAGAGUCAAGAUUCAGAGAGUCCCUCAGGUGCUAGUGUUUGGGACAGCAGCUACAGCUCUUAAAGUGCAGCAGCUGCAGCAGGUGCCCGUCCAGCAUGUCUAUCCCAACCAGGUGCAGUACGUGGAAGGGGGCGACGCCAGUUACACAGCGAGCACCAUACGUUCCAGCACUUACCCGUACACAGAGACCCCUCUCUAUACGCAGAACACAGGAGCUAAUUAUUAUGAAUCGCAAGCCACCCCGGCGCAGGUCACCACUCCUGCAACCUCCCAGACCGUGGCCAGCACUGGAUCCGUCCCUAUGUAUGUCUCCGGAGGGCAGAUCAUAGCCAAUCCAAGCGGAGGAGGCGGCGGCGGCGGCGGAGGAGGAGGUGGUGGCGGCGGAACGGGAACCUAUGUGAUUCAGGGAGGAUACAUGUUAGGAAGCUCCAGUCAGUCUUACUCUCACACCACACGUGCCUCUCCAGCAACCGUCCAGUGGCUGCUGGAUAACUACGAGACGGCCGAGGGCGUGAGCCUGCCGCGCAGCACCCUCUACUGCCAUUACCUGCUGCACUGCCAGGAGCAGAAACUGGAGCCAGUAAACGCAGCGUCUUUCGGCAAGCUGAUCCGAUCCGUGUUCAUGGGACUCCGCACCCGCAGGCUUGGCACACGAGGGAACUCCAAGUACCACUACUACGGCCUCCGCAUCAAAGCCAACUCACCACUGCUGCGCCUGAUGGAGGAUCAGCAGCACCUGGCCAUGAGGCAGCAGCCCUUCUCCCAGAAGCAAAGACUCAAGCCCAUUCAGAAGAUGGAGGGGAUGACCAACGGGGCGGCGGUGGGCCAGCAGCCGGGCUCCGGGCUGUCUGACAUCAGUGCUCAAGUGCAGCAGUAUCAGCAGUUCCUGGAUGCGUCACGGACCCUCUCCGAGUUCUCUGAAAUAGACCUACAAGGGAAACCUCUGCCUGACGGCAUUGGGGCAGAGGAUGUGAAGGCCUUCCAGCUGCUCUACCGAGAGCAUUGUGAGGCCAUCGUGGACGUGAUGAUAAACCUGCAGUUCACUCUGGUGGAGACCUUGUGGAAGACCUUCUGGAGGUACAACUUGAAUCAGCCCAGUGAAGCCACCCCCAUAGCAGUUCACGAUGAAGCAGAGAAGCGUCUCCCAAAGAACUGCCUGGUGAUACUGUCCAAAUACGAACCUGUCCUGAAAUGGACAAAGGACUGUGACAACAUGCUGUACCAGGGGCUGGUGGAGAUCCUCAUCCCCGACGUUCUCCGGCCCAUUCCCAGUGCCUUGACGCAAGCGAUCCGAAAUUUCGCAAAAAGUUUGGAAAGCUGGUUAACCAACGCAAUGAUGAAUAUUCCUGAAGAGAUGGUCCGAGUGAAGGUGGCAGCAGCAAGUGCCUUUGCCCAGACUCUGCGGCGAUACACCUCCCUGAACCACCUCGCCCAGGCCGCCCGGGCCGUAUUACAGAAUACGGCCCAGAUCAACCAGAUGCUGAGCGACCUCAAUCGGGUAGACUUUGCAAACGUCCAGGAGCAGGCCUCAUGGGUAUGCCGCUGUGAGGACCGCGUGGUGCAGCGCCUGGAGCAGGAUUUCAAGCUGACCCUGCAGCAGCAGAACUCCCUGGAACAGUGGGCGGUGUGGCUGGACGGGGUGGUCACCCAGGUCCUCAAGCCCCACCAGGGCAGCUCCAGCUUCCCCAAGGCCGCCAAGCUUUUCCUCCUCAAGUGGUCCUUCUACAGCUCCAUGGUAAUCCGGGAUCUGACCCUGAGGAGCGCCGCCAGCUUCGGCUCCUUCCAUCUCAUCCGGCUCCUCUACGACGAGUACAUGUACUACCUGAUAGAGCACCGAGUGGCCCAGGCCAAGGGAGAGACCCCCAUCGCUGUCAUGGGAGAGUUUGCCAACCUGACGAGCUCCUUGAAUUCUCUGGACGCAGACAAAGAUGAGGAGGAGGAGGAAGAGGAGGAGAGCGACGACGAGAUGCAGCAGGAGAUUUCCCUCAACUCCAAUGACUCCACCAGCCUGACAGCCGAGCCCCUGGAACCCCCCUCCAAGCUCUCACGGACGGACUCCAGGGGGAUCUUUGUGCAGGCUCUGCCUUCCAGCUAGAGGCCAGAGCGACGCCUGCGUGGCCUGGAGUCAGAACCGCCCAGCCAGAGCCGAGUCCUGUGUCCAGUUCCUCCCGGCUGCUGCCUAGCGAUAAAGCUGAGCUAUUCCUUGUC